GGCCUACUCCAUUCAGUGUUCUGCAGCGCGUUCGCCAUAGCGCAGAGCGAGUAUGGCCGCCUAAAUUUUCGUCAAAAUGAAGGAAAAAGGCUGAAUUUCGGCCCGACCCCUCAAACCGUGCCCACCCAUCCAGUGCAACAAUUUUCCGCAGUGUCUGCCGCGAAAAACCCAGUGAAAAUGUGACGCGACUGACCAUAACGCGGAGACUUCGACGAUCGAUCAAAGCACAUCCCGAUCCGGUUCUAAUGCUCCAAAUCCGGCGAAAAAAUGUAGUGUUUCAGUGGACUUAUUUCGAGUGAACCAAACCAAAAACAAUGUUUUGGAAUAUCUGUUGUGGUCUGAUUUCUUUCACCUGGUUCGUGUUAGAAGUAAACGGUCAAGUUUAUCCUCCACCUAUCGUACGAACAGAACAAAGAUGGCAAAUUUUCGAAUCCGACCCUGUGGGAACAAAAGUCAACCAAGCCCACGCCACGGGAAAUCCUGGAAGGACCCUAACAUACGGCAUCGAGCCUCUAAUGUCUGAGGGGGACGAAAAACCGCCUAAGAAGCUACCAUUUCGAAUAGAUUCCAGGACAGGAGCGAUUUAUCUGAACGAAUCUGUCCAAGGACGGGGAGGCGAACACCUCCGCCUUUACGUGACAGUAUCAGAAGGCGACCUCCCCACAAAGUUCGAAGUGGCCGCCUACAUCCUCAAAGCCUCCACCGCGGACUCUCCCCCCGAAAACAACAAAAAUCGCUUCAAAAUCCCCGGCUUCCCCCCGCGCCCGGAGUACGAGCAAAGACCGCCGCUCGUCCCCAACAACCCGCCGCCCCAGAUCAGGAACUACCCGCCCCCGGAGCCCCUCUUCCACCCCAAACCCAGCACGUCCACGUAUCUGCGGCCCGUCAAACUCGAGCCCAAGGAGGUGAAGAACGACAUAAACGAAGACGAAACGAGGGAACAAGAGACGACAACCGUGAAAAACGCGACGGACGUUCCCUCGACACAAAACUACGACGAAAACAAGUUCGAUCAAGCGGUUAAAUCUCCGCCCGAUAUCGCGGUCACGGUGGUGCCGAUUAUCUCCGUUUGUGCGGUGUUUUUGAUGGUGGGCGUCAUCGCCGUGGUGUUCAGAAAGAAGAUUCACUUGGGGAAACCCAAAGGCUCCAAAGACGAUAUCAGAAAACCUUCGUCUGGAGGAAUCGUUCUGCAUGAGGAGCCUGCUAUUGGAAUGCAACAAUGGAGAGGACCCAUUGCCUUCAACAAUCGCUACGAGCUGUGGGAAAGAGAGGUUAAUCGUUCACAGGCGAGUCAUCAGAUUUCGGCUCCGAUUAAGGACGUGGACAGGUGGGAGUUUCCUCGUCAUCGGCUCAAGUUUUUCAAUAUUUUGGGGGAGGGGGCGUUCGGUCAGGUGUGGAAGUGCGAAGCCAUCGACAUCGAUGGCAAAGAAGGAAUUUCCGUCGUGGCGGUGAAGACCCUCAAGGAAAACGCGAACGAGAAAGAGAAAUCAGAUUUGCUGUCGGAGCUGCAAGUGAUGAAAAUGCUCGAACCCCAUCCCAACGUCGUCCGGCUUCUGGGCUGCUGCACAGACAAAGAGCCCAUAUUUUUGAUAAUGGAGUACAUAAGCAAGGGCAAAUUGCAGAGCUAUUUACGAAACUCGAGGGCAGAAAGGUACUACAAUAACAUGCACGGCCAAAGCAAAUCCCUCACGUCGAGAGAUCUUACGUCUUUUGUGUACCAGGUCGCCAAGGGAAUGGAAUUUCUGUCCGCUAAUGGGAUCAUCCACCGAGAUUUGGCAGCUCGCAAUAUUCUGAUCACAGAAGAGCACACGUGUAAAGUGGCCGACUUCGGCUUCGCCCGAGACGUUAUAGUCUCUCAUGUUUAUGAAAGGAAGAGCGAAGGCCGACUCCCCAUUCGCUGGAUGGCGCCAGAAUCGCUUUAUGAUAACAUCUUCUCCGUCAAAUCGGACGUGUGGAGCUUCGGUGUACUUAUGUGGGAGAUCGUCACCUUGGGAAGCACCCCCUACCCCGGACUAUCAGCGGCAGAAGUGAUGAAGAAGGUUAGGGACGGAUAUCGACUGGACAAACCCGAGCACUGCAGACGCGAACUCUACAACAUAAUGUACUAUUGUUGGGACAAGGAUUCGAAGCAGAGGCCCACCUUCACCGAAUGCGUCCAGUUGCUCGAGAAGCUCCUGAUGACAGAAACCGACUACAUAGAAUUAGAGCGCUUUCCCGAUCACUCCUAUUACAACAUGAUGAGUUUAAGCGGAGAGAAACUGUAACGGUGGAAGAAACUCGGAAAAUGGAUAUAAUUUGCGCAGUCUAACAUGUGGUGUUCUCCAGUUUUAUUGUUAAGAUGUAAGCUCACUCCCAGUGGUUGUUACAAAGAAAUAACCAAAGUUUUGUUAUUUGUUACGGAAGAGUGCGGUCUUCCGGAUAACUUAUGAAAUAUGGAAUUUUCGCUAGUAGGAGUUUUCAGCCCGCUAGGAAAAUUCACGCUAAUGCGAUUAAGUAAUUUAUGUAGUUAGAGUUAGCAAGAAGACUGUAA